ACUCCAUUAUGUAAGUGUGGUGAAUUAAUUCUCCCCACGUCUGUAAAGCUAAAGGUCAAAUUAAUUUCAUCAGACUUUUCCUUCCCACUAAUUUAAGUGGCGAUGCAUCGAGACACUUUGGCCAAAAUUGUUGCUGCACACGUGGCAGCUGCCACCGCCGUGGGUCUCGCCGUCAUGCAUUUCCGCCGCCGCCAAUCCGCCCUCUCAAAGGAUGAUCUCAACCGCCUUGCUCCGAUCCUCCACCAGACCGGCUCCGGCCGCCUCGGAAAAAUCGAGAAAUUUUCCCAUUAUCUUGCAAGGCAAAUUGGAUUUGAGGAUGAAAAGGAGUGUCCGCAGCUGAUUAAAUUGGCGUAUGAAUAUCUCAAGAGAUCCAAAGGAGUUGAUGAAAAAAUAUAUGAGUAUUUCUCAAAGCAGCCAAAUGCUGAGGAUUUGUAUGUCAAUUUGGUUGAAGAAUUUGAAAGAUGCAUUCUUGGAUACUUGGCUUUUCAUUGGAGUCAUGCCUCCCACUUAAUUACUCAGAUACUGAGCGUUGAUUCUGAACAAAAGAGGCUGAAGGAGUUCGUGAUGGCAGCAACGAGGUCACUUCACUAUUUUUUUAUACUUUAUUUAUUCAUUUAUACCACCAAUUAUGGUGGCAUGACUAGGACUCACAAUAAAUGCAGAUCAUUCUGGUCGGGAGCAGCAGCGAACGCUGUGGUUGUGGAGGCCGAUGCUUUCAAGGAGACAGACGUAAUAUACCGUGCCUUGAGCUCAAGAGGCCAUCAUCAAGACAUGCUUCAAACAGCUGAACUCGUGCACCAAUCUUCGACAGACGCUGCAUCGUCGCUCCUGGUGACCGCGCUGAACGAAGGGCGGGACGUGAUCAUGGACGGGACCCUGUCAUGGGAGCCGUUUGUCGAGCAGACAAUUGAAAUGGCGAGGAACGUGCACAAGCACCGGUAUAGGAUGGGAGUUGGGUACAAGGUUGAGGAGGACGGUACCAUCACGGAGAACUAUUGGGCUCGUGUGGAAGGCGAGGGAGACAAGGAGACGAUGAAGAAGAGGAUGAAGCCUUAUAGGAUUGAGUUAGUGGGAGUUGUGUGUGAUCCCUAUCUUGCUGUUGUUAGAGGCAUAAGGAGAGCAAUACAAAUAGGGAGAGCAGUGAGGGUGAAAUCACAGCUGAAAUCACACAAGAGAUUUGCAAAUGCAUUUUCAAGAUACACUGAGCUUGUUGAUAAUGCUAGGCUAUAUUGCACCAACGCGCCCGGAGGCCCUCCCAGGUUGAUAGCGUGGAAAGAUGGAGAUAGCAAAUUGUUGGUGGAUAGGGAUGAUAUAAAGUGUUUGACAAGGGUGAAAGAGUUGAACGAGGAAGCAGAGUCGAUAUACGAGCUGUAUAAAGAUCCGGCCAUUAUGUAUGAAGCUGAGUCAGUUUGGAAUGAUAUAGUGUUGCACUCUGCUAGGGAUAGUCUUCAGCUGCAGAUUCAAACUGUUGUCAAGAAAAUUGAAACCCAUGUUUCUUCAUGAGAUUUUGUGUUUUACUUCAUGUUGAUCAACUGUAUAGGUGUGAGCUGCAGACAAAAUCUGUAUGAAAGAGUUCUGUUUUCUCU